CAAGAGUUUUCGUUUUUAGUUGGAAAGUUUAAAGAUAUGCGAAAUCAAUGGACAUUAUGCAGAGAUGUAAUUUUACAACUUGCAGUAACUGCUUCUGUCAAAGACGAAGAUUUAAAAGAAGAGUUAUUUUGUAUUAGUGCUGUUGAAAAUGAGUUUGAUGAAGCAAAAAAAACUAUCGUAUUUUUUAAAGCACUUCCUUAUUUAUUGCCAUCUCCACCAAAGAGAGGAAAGAAGGAACCUAGGAAGUCUGGAAAAGCAACAUCAAUGCGUUUUAUUGUUGAACUUGAGAAUAUGAGCGUUGAUGCUGCUAUUGAAGUCUUAAAUCUAGAUGGGUGCAAGCAGCCGUUGAUUUUUAUACUAGGAACGGCAGUGUACAUUAAAGUGGAUUUAAAUGCCAUAUUGGUUGAAGAUGCCGAUUCUUUUCCCGAGGUGGUAUUACUUCUUUUGGCAACGUUUUACGUUUUUGACCUAGAGUAUCCGGAUGAAUUGCGAGUUUUAUUUUCGUUACUUGAAAAGAUUUGUGGCAUUCCAGCAACAGUUAAUAGCUCAGUUGCCAAUGACUUUUAUAGACUACUGAACCUUGAGUAAACUUAUAAGAUAAUAUUAAAACCAAAAUAAUAUUUGUUAAUGUUUUUAAAAACAAUAUUAAUUUUUACAGUAUUUUCUAUGUUUAUUUGACUUUGGCAUUCUAUAACUCCGUGUAAAUUUUCUAGAGUUAAGUUAUAAAAAAAUAAAAAUUAUAGAUCA